AUGGAGGAGCAAUUAGUGCGCCUGCUCUCGGAAACUCAAUCUCCGCAGGAGACCACACGGAAGAACGCAGAGUGGCAACUCAAACAGCAACAUGUGAACCCCGACUUCCCCGUCGCUCUGAUAUCUGUCGGCGCUCACAGUGAUGUGCCAAUCGACGUCCGACAGGCAGCGCUGUUGUAUCUCAAGACCUUCGUACUGGCAUCCUGGUCCGCACAGCUAGAAGAAUUCACAGGGCCACUCUAUGCCGAUGAAGGAAACAAAGCACAAAUCCGGCAGUCCCUACUGGACCUCGCCGUCAGCGGGAGAGAUGAGAGAAAGAUCAAGAAUGCUGCCAGCCUAGUUGUCAGCAAGAUUGCCACAGCGGACUUUCCAGAUCAAUGGCCUGAUUUACUUCCCACCGUCCUCAACGUCGUCGGCACCGGCACAGAAGCGCAACUGCAUGGCGCGCUAAAAGUGCUGAACGAGCUCGUGGACGAUUGCUUCAACGACGAGCAGUUCUUCAAGGUGGCAAGAGAUCUUGUCAAGGUGGUCUACGAUGUUGCUGUGAAUGACACUCAGAGGCCCAUCCUUCGAGCGUUGGCAGUAUCAGUCUUCCGGUCCUGUCUCGACACUUUGGAGGUCGUGCUCGAACAUCACAAGACCGAAGUCAAGCGGUUUGCUGAGGAGGCCCUGGCAGCCUGGAUUCCGUUCUUCAUCACCACCCUGAAGUCACCCUUGCCACCAGCUCCACCGGACGACCAAGAGAACCGGGAUUUACCAGGCGAAGAACUCUUCAGGGGCUCUGUCGCGCUCAAGCUUCAAGUGGUCAAGGUCAUGGUCCGCGUUCGCUCGGUGUUCCCGUCUGUAUUAUCUCCUCACAGCCCGGUCCUUUUCUCGGCAACAUGGCAAGAGCUUACGACACUUCAGCAACAACAUCACCAGAUGUACAUCGAAGACGACCGUCAGAGCCGAUUGGUCGAUGCCGAUGGUCUCCCCUACACCUUAGAUUUCCUGGUGAUAGAAGAACUAGAUUUCAUGCAAGCGUGUUUACGAGCACCACCGGUCCGCAAAGAGCUUGAACAGCAAUUGCAAACCUCUAACGCGGUAUCGAGCAGCUGGGUCACUGAUAUGAUGAAGCUGGCCGUGUCCUACGCUCAGAUCACGAUUGAGGACGAAGGUUUGUGGGAGAUCGAUGUCAAUGUGUUCUUGUCCGAAGAGGCCAACGUGACCGCCAACUACACCCCUCGGACAGCAUGCGGCGAUCUGGUAAUCAAACUUGGCGAAUGGCUGAAUGCUGCAACCGUCGAGGGCCUACUGGCGUACACGAGAACGCUUUACGCCGAGCAUGCCGGUUGGAAGGCCAAGGAAGCCGCUCUAUACCUGCUCAACCAGCUCCUGGGCGAUUUCCAAGAUGUGGAGAAGAAGAUUGGUGCUGAAUCUGCGAAUGGAUACGUCGACUUCAUCCAGCACGCAAUGCAAGAAGAAGCUGUCUUCUUACGCGCCCGCGGCUAUCUUGUCGCUGGCACGUUAACCAGAACCUCAGGUGAAGCACUUCAACCGGUCGCAGCAAGCUUCAUGCAGGCGUCCCUGCAGGCCAUCACAGGAGAUGCUUCGGAGAUUGUUAAAGUGUCGUGCAUCCGCGCUCUUCAAUACUACCUCGCCGCGUUGCCGCCUUCAAUGACCUUACCACAGCAACCGAUCAUCAUCAACACUCUCUCGAACUUCCUCAGCGGCCAAGACUUCAGCGACCUGGAUGACAGCGACGAUCUCCUCAUUACGAUUGUCGAGACACUGCGAGACGCCAUUCUCCUGAACACCAUAGCUUGCCUAAGCAGCGGCGGAAUCGACCUGCUAUUCACAGUGGCCAGCAGAGGUGCCAACAACUUCCAGAUUGCCCUGCUUGUCACGGAGACUUUCGAAGAGAUUGCGAGCACCAUCGCUGCCGGAGGGAGUAACCAGUACGCCGAACUGACAUCCAAGGUCCUUCCAUCGCUCAUGGGUGCCUUUGAUGUAGCUGGCCUGACCGAAGAGAAUGCGCUUGCCAACCUCGCAGCAGAGCUCCUCUCCGUCCUCGCUGCGAAUGGGUCAACCCCACUGCCACCAGCUUUCGUCUCGACAGUGAUGCCACGCCUCAACAGGCUGCUGCUCGGUUCGAUAGACGACGAGCUACUGAAGUCUGCGACUGCCGCUGUGAAGCACAUGAUCGAACACGACCCAGACCAAGUGUUUGGCUUCCACGACGAAGCCGGCAAAGCUGGGCUCGAGGUAGUGCUCAUCAUCAUCGACAGACUUCUCAACCCUGCAGUGGACGAAAAUGGAGCUGCAGAAGUCGGUGGCCUUGCAGCAGAGACUGUCGAAAAGGCUGGAUCGGAGCGCCUUGGACCAUACCUGAUGCAGCUCCUGCGCGCGGUGGCUGCUCGACUUGCUACUGCCACCCAAGCUCAAUUCAUCCAGAGCUUGAUUCUCGUCUUCGCCCGCCUCUCUCUCGUAUCUGCCCAGGACGUCGUCGGCUUCCUGGCUGAUGUUCAAUUGGGCGAUCAAAGCGGGCUUGCGGUGGUCAUGAGCAAGUGGCUCGAAAACUCUAUCACUUUCGCGGGAUAUGAUGACAUUAGGCAGAAUGUCGUCGCACUCUCAAAGCUAUACGAUCUCAACGAUCCACGACUCAACGACAUCCAGGUCAAGGGCGACCUCAUCGUCCAGAAGUCCGACCGCAUCAUGACCCGCUCACGUGCCAAGCAGAAUCCCGACCAGUACACCAUCGUCUCAGCCCGGCUGAAGAUCAUCAAGAUCCUGGUGGAAGAACUGCUGUCAGCAUCCGGGAACCGUACUCUGGAUCCUUCGGCAGCAGCGGAUUUGGACGACGACGAAGAUGAUGAGGAGGGAGGAUGGGAAUCAGCAGACGAUGAUUUCAUCGAUCUUUCGACAGGUAUGACCAAAUCUCAACUCAUGUCGUUCGGCGCGGAGGAUGGCAAUACUGGCAGGCGGUCGCGGGACGAUGAGACGCAGACGUAUUUGGUGAACUUUUUCCGGGAGGCGUCGCAGAAGCCGGGGUUUAUGGAGAUGUUCAACGCCCUCACGCCGGACGAGCAAGAGAAGUUGCGAAGCAUGAGCGAUGCGUGA